AUGUGUUGGCUUCAGUGUGCGCCCCCAGCAGCCUUGGCACUGCUUGUUGCCAAACCUGGAGGCGAGGCUUGGGCAGCCGCAAACAAGGGAGCUCGUGACGGAAGCCAAGGGUCGGAAGAGCAGGCUCGGCAGCAGCGGCUGGGGAAGCAGUCAGAGCGGGCAGCGGAGCGGAGGAGGAAGGCACGUGCGAGUGAUUUUGUACUGAGGAAGGCGUAUGCUGACAUCCGAGAGGAGUACGUGGUGGCUCGCAAGGAGAUCGGCAGCGGGCAGUUUGGCAUCAUCCGCAAGUGCGUGCAGCGCCACACCGGGCUGACCUUCGCCUGCAAGACGAUCGCCAAGGCGGGCAUUCUGACGGCGGAGGAUGCGGAGGACGUGCGCAACGAGGUGGGGUUCCUGGAGGAGCUGCGCGGCCACCCGCACAUCGUGGCGGUGCAGGCCACGUUUGAGGACGAUGACAACAUCCACAUCGUCAUGGAGCUCUGCAAGGUCGGCGACCUCUUCGACCGCAUCAAGCUGCGCGGCCGCAUGCCCGAGCCCGCCGCUGCCGCCAUCUGCAAGUCGCUGGUGGGCGUGCUGCUGCACUGCCAUGCGCGUGGCGUGCUGCACAUGGACGUGAAGCCCGAGAACGUGCUCAUGUGCCACCGCCUAGACGAUACCCACAUCAAGCUCAUCGACUUUGGCGUCGCCACACGCUUCACUCCAGGCGUGCCGUGCCGCGAGGUGCUGGGCACACCCGAGUACAUCGCCCCGGAGGUGCUCAAGGGCUCGUAUGGCCCGCCCGCUGACCUGUGGAGCGCCGGUGUGGUGCUCUAUGUGAUGCUGGCGGGGGCGCCCCCCUUCUGGGAGCGUGCGAGUAAGACGCUCAAGGAGUCCAUUCUGGGGGAUGACGUGCCCUUCUCCCAAAGCAAGUGGGGCGACCGGUCGGCGGAGUGCAAGGAGCUUAUAAGGAGGAUGCUUGACAAGGAUCCGGCGACGAGGAUAAGUGGCAAGGAGAUUCUUGAGCACCCAUGGAUCAAGAUGCACACCAGUGCCAGUUGA